AAGCGUCCACACCAACAAACGAGAAAAUUAAUAGCGUAUACACGUGGAAAGCAUAUAUUACGCAGUACGUAAUAGACACGACGUUUUAAAACGAUUCGUAUCAUUUCUAUCCAGUUCCAAAAAUAAAAGAUCGAAGUUCCGGUAGCAAUUGACGUACAAUAUUACUCCGGAAACGGUGGUUAGAGAUAUAAAAAAUAAUAACGAUAUGUCGAAAAACUUAGAAGAAAACAUAUCGUCUGCUACAAAUAGUGAAAUGUCGAUGAAUGUUCCGCAAACACCUCGAUUGCCAAUGUUGCCGACGACAGCGGAUCGUGAACCACCGCAAACGUCGCAGCACUGGUCAAUGACGUACGGACCACCCCAUGCACUGGCACCGCAGCCACUUAGCGUGAUGACUUAUCAUCCUCCACAGCCGCCGUUGCAGUUGAUGACAAAUAUGAUUCCGUCCACAUCAAUGGCACCUAACAGUGUGUACAUGCAUAUGCCGUUGUACUGGAACCCGCCUCCGGACCCGUAUCAGACUGCAUCUGCAAUGCCGUCGUACCAAAGCCCAUCGCCGAACACGUAUCAGAAUGCGUCUGCAAUGCCACCUCUCCGGAACCCGCCGCCGCACACGUAUCAGAUGCAGAUGCCACCUCUCCGGAACCCGCCGCCGCACACGUAUCAGAUGCAGAUGCCGCCGUACCGGAACCCGCCGCCGCACACGUAUCAGAUGCAGAUGCUACCGUACCGGAACCCGCCGCCGCACACAUAUCAGAUGCAGAUGCCGCCGUACCGGAACCCGCCGCCGCACUCGUAUCAGACUGCAUCUGCAAUGCCGUCGUACCAAAGCCCAUCGCCGAACACGUAUCAGAAUGCGUCUGCAAUGCCACCUUUCCAGAACCCGCCGCCUCACUCGUAUCAGAUGCAGAUGCCGCCGUACCGGAACCCGCAGCCGCACACGUAUCAGAUGCAGAUGCUGCCAUACCAGAACCCGUCGUCGGACACGUAUAAGACUGCAUCUGCAAUGCCUCCAUACCGAAACCCGCCACCGCACACGUAUCAGACUGCAUCUGCAAUGCCGCCGUACCAGAACCCGCCGCCGCACACUUAUCAGUCAGCAUCUGACAUGCCGCCGAACCGGAACCUAUCGUCGGACACGAAUGAGAUGCAGAUUCCGCCAUACCAGAACCCGUCGUCGGACACAUAUAAGACUGAAUCUGCAAUGCCGCCGUACCAAAACCCAUCGUCGGACACGAAUGAGAUGCAGAUUCCGCCAUACCAGAACCCGCCGUCGGACACGUAUAAGACUGAAUCUGCAAUGCCGCCGUACCAAAACCCAUCGUCAGACACGAAUGAGAUGCAGAUUCCGCCAUACCAGAACCCGUCGUCGGACACGUAUCAGACUGAAUCUGCAAUGGCACCGAACCAAAAUCCAUCGUCUGACACGUAUGAGACUGCAUCUGCAAUGCCCCCGUACCGGAACCCAUCGUCGGAUACAUAUCAGAUGCAGAUUCUGCCGAACCAGAACCCGCUGCCGCACACGUAUCAGUCUACAUCUGCAAUGCCGCCGUGCCGGAAACCAUCGUCGGACACGUAUCAGACUGAAUCUGCAAUGCCGCCGUACCAAAACCCAUCGUCGGACACGAAUAAGUCUGCAUCUGCAAUGCCGCCGUACCCAAACCCGCCGCCGCACACGUAUCAGUCUACAUCUGCAAUGCCGCCAUGCCGGAACCCAUCGUCGGACACGUAUCAGACUGAAUCUGCAAUGCCACCGUACCAGAAUCCAUCGUCGGACACGUAUGAGAUGAAGAUUGCGCCGUCCCGGAACCCAUCGUCGGACACGUAUAAGACUGCAUCUGCAAUGCCGCCGUACCAGAAUCCAUCGUCGGACACGUAUAAGUCUGUAUCUGCAAUGCCGCCGUAUCCGAACCCGCCGCCGCACACGUAUCAGUCUACAUCUGCAAUGCCGCCAUGCCGGAACCCAUCGUCGGACACGUAUCAGACUGAAUCUGCAAUGCCGCCGUACCAAAACCCAUCGUCGGACACGAAUGAGAUGAAGAUUGCGCCGUCCCGGAACCCAUCGUCGGACACGUAUAAGACUGCAUCUGCAAUGCCGCCGUACCAGAAUCCAUCGUCGGACACGUAUAAGUCUGCAUCUGCAAUGCCGCCGUACCCGAACCCGCCGCCGCACACGUAUCAGACUGCAUCUGGAAUGCCACCGUACCGGAACCCAUCUUCGGACACGUAUCAGAUGCAGAUUCCGCCGUACCAGAACCAGUUGUCGGACACAUUUCAGAUGCAGUUGCAGCCGAUAGAGAUUUUGGAACCGAUGAGACCGGAAGUGCAGCAGGUUCAGCCGUCACACAGGCUGGAUGACACCGAGACUCGCGUGGCCGCCAUGCACCAAGACGUCAGCUUCGCCCAGGACGAGGAAUCGUGCGUGUCGUACUACUGCUCGGACUGUUACACGGUCAUGUAUUCUCGCGGCAGCGUCGAACCUAGUAUACCGCUCGAAAUAAGGCGUCAAACGUCGUGGGAGUACAUCAUGCAUAAGCUGGUCCAACGAUUCCUGGAUAACGGGCUUCAUACCAAUCGCCAAGAUGACGGUGAUGCAGAUCAACACAGUGACGACACCGAUCCCGAAUUCGCCGCCAGCAAUCCCGGACCGUAGGCGCCAUAGACGACGCGUUUCACGCAUAACGUUGACGUUGGUUUUUUGGUGAAUUCAUCGUUUACGAUUAGGUUAUAAUACAAUAAUAUGAUUAGAAAAUUUUAAUGACAAAUUGAAUCAUGUGGUUUCCUUUUGAAUGUAUAACGAACCUUUAAACGAUUUGUUUUUACUAUUUAAAAUAAAACCGAACACGAACGUCAAUUUUCGUAACAUUAAUUAUUAUUAUUUUUUAACAUUUUAUUGUUUAAAUUUAAAUUUAUAAAUGUAUGUAUUUAAGCAAUUAAUUUAGAUAAUAUUAUACAAUUGCAUUUUGUAUACCUAUGCGUACCAAUAUA